UUUUCGGUUUCCUUGUAAUAUCCCUUGCUUCUCUGAGUCAUGCUCCAACAAGGACUCAUCCUGUGUUAUAAAAUCCCAUGAUUCCGAAUCCAGAUACUCGUAGAAACAUAAUACAGAGGAGUGGAGAGAAGAGAAGGAAAAUGUCGGAUUGGGGGCCUAUUUUUAUUGGAGUUGUUUUGUUCAUACUAUUGACUCCGGGUCUGCUGAUUCAGAUACCUGGCAAGAACAAGUACGUGGAGUUCGGGAACUUUCAGACCAGUGGCGUAUCGAUAUUAGUUCAUUCCCUCAUAUAUUUUGGUCUCAUUUGUAUCUUCUUGCUAGCCAUCGGAAUCCACAUGUACAUAGGUUGAUAUUUGUCUGUUAAGCCUGACUUCUAGUUGUUCAAAUUGUUCUGCUUGUUUUGGUGUUA